CUCGGUCGAAGAGGAGAGUCUUUCAUUUAAAUCUCGUCUCUUCCGGCAGGGAUGCCUUUCAAGAGGUUUGUGGAAACGGGGAGAGUGGCUUACAUCUCCGAUGGGCCACAUAAAGGAAAACUAUGUUCCAUAGUGGACGUUAUUGAUCAAAAUAAGGCUUUAAUUGAUGGACCUGUAACUGGUGUGCCUCGAGGUGAGAUAAGAUUGACACAGCUACACCUAACUAAGUUUAGGGUCAAGUUUCCAUUUACUGCUCGCAGUAGAGUUGUGAGAAAGGCAUGGCUUGAUGGAAAAGUUGAUGAAAAAUGGAAGGAAAGUUUGUGGGCGAAGAAAUUGGAAGCCAAGCAAAAGAGAGUUGCAAUGACAGACUUUGAUCGCUUCAAGUUGCGUAAAGCAAAACAACUUAGAAACAAGGUCCGUAGCUUAGCGUAUUACAAGCUCAAGAAGAAGGCAACUCGUGCAGGAACCCUGUAUGGUAAGAAAAAAUCAAAGGAUGCCAAGAAAGAGAAGAAACCCAAGUCCAAGCCAGCGCCCAAGAAAUAAUGUAUAAAGUUUGAGAAAAAUAAAAUUUAUAAGUUAUGUA